GCAUGUACAGCUAGCUAGUAGUUCGGAUCUAGCACGUACGUGUGGCAGAAGCCGUCGUCCGAUGCCUCCUACCAGUAUAUAUACAUACAUACAAAGGGGAGGGAUGGAGAUCGACAGCACUAGAUCGAGAGCUGAGGGUCGAUCGAUCGAGAGCUAGCGGCCAGCCAUGAGCUUCGCAGCAUCCGUGCAGUGGUGGGAGGACUGGCAGCUGCGGCUGCUCGUGCUGGCCAGCCUCUUCUUCCAGUACUUUCUCUUCGUCGCCGCCGUCGUCCGCAAGCUCCGCGUCCCGCCCUGGUUCCGGGCGCUCAUCUGGCUGGCCUACCACGGCGGCGACGUCGUGGCCAUCUACGCCCUGGCCACGCUCUUCGACCGCCACAAGGUGCUGGCCGCCGCGCACCCCGCGCUCGCCCACCUCGACACGCUCUGGGCGCCCGUCUUGCUGCUGCACCUCGGCGGCCAGGACGGCAUCACCGCCUAUAGCAUCGAGGACAACGAGACCUGGAGAUGGCACUUUCUGCUCUCGGUGUCUCAGAUCACCGUGGCCAUCUACGUUUUCCGCAAGUCAUGGUGGUCAGGUGACACGAUCCUGCUGCGAGCAGCGAUCCUGCUCUUCGUCCCCGGCAUCCUUAAGUGCUUGGAGAAGCCAUGGGCUCUCAAGAACGCGACCGUGAUGAGCAUCAUGAACUGCUCCGACCCACGGCUGGAACUAACCCUCGACGAAGACGACACGGCGCCCAAGGGCAUCCACUCGCAGGAGCAGUACGUGCGGGCCGCUGCCGAGUCCGUCGCCCAGUUCGAGUCCCUGGAUCAGGAGCUCUUCGAGGACGAGUUGGCGGACCAUCCGUACCACCUCUUCGUGGACCUCGGCCACCCCUACUCCAUCCGGCUCAUCAACCUGCGGCUCGUGGCGCCGCGCCUCGCGAGGGCCAACGUGCACGGUCUGGUGCGCUCGUCCCUGUCCAAGGCGUUCGACCGCCUCUACACCAAGCACAAGGCGAGCUUCGGCGGCCUGCUGCGCGCCGCCGUCGUGCUGCUGACGUUCGCGGACAUCGGGCUGUUCCAGAGGAGCCACCGCGGCGUGUACGAGCGCGCCGACGUCGUCGUCACCUACGUGCUGCUCUGCUGCACCGCCGCGCUGGAGUUCGUCUCGGCGUGCCUGGUGCUGGGCUCGGGCCUUCCCAAGCCAGACGACCAGCUCGCGCAGUACAACCUCGUCGGCUACCUCGCCCGCAACGAGAAGCACCCGUGGCUCUGGGCGCUCGCCCGCCUGCUGGGGGGCAAGCUCCAGCUGGACCGGCUCUGGUGCACGGCGCCGCCCGCGCCGUCCCUCGGCAUCACCAGGCUCGUCUACGACCACGUCGCCAGCGGGUGGAAGGACUACAUACCAAAAUCUGUGCACGACGAACUCGCCGCCGGCGGCGGUCGGAAGAUGACCAGCGCCGUGGAAGCCUACCGGAGGUUCAACGACAGCCGCGGCCAGCGGACGCUGGAGAGGGAAGGAUGCGGCGGCCGGAGGGCCAUCGAGGAGAGCCUGCGGAUGCCCUUCGACGAGAGCGUCCUGCUCUGGCACCUCGCCACGGAGUUCUGCUACUUCGACCACGUGGACACCGGCCACGACGCCACCCGGCACAGCAGGGCGGUGUCCAACUACAUGGCGUAUCUGCUGCUCGUCAAGCCGGAGAUGCUGAUCCCCGGUGCAAGGCGCGGGCUCUUCCGUGCCGCCCACGCGGAGCUCCGGAAAAUGCUCAAGCCGCCGCCGGAGGACGAGAUAGCGGUAGAGCUCGAGCCGACGGAGAAGAAGGCGCCUCCGCCGAGGGCCGAGAACGAGAUGGUGCGGAAGGUGAUGCAGAAGGUGAAGAGCACCAUCGGUCUCGGCUCGGAAGGCCUUGUCCACAAAGCACGGGCGGUCGCCCACGAGCUCAUGGAAUUUGCCGAGGAGAAGAGACGGGAGUUCGUCCAAGAGCAGAAGGAGAUGGGGGAGAGGAAGAAGAUCAUCGUGCAAGCCUUGCGUGAGGCCAAGCAGAAGGCAAACGAAUUCAACACCAAUCCGAUGGAAGGUUUCAAAGAGAAGGCAAACCGGUUCAUCAACGAGGUGAAAGACAAGAAGAAAACCAAGGACGAGGAGAAGUUCACGGAUCUCUUGGGAGAUGCAAGGAACAAGGCUGAGGAACUCAUCAAGGUGAUCAAAGACGAGGUAAAAAACGCGGGCAAGCGCACGGAUCAAAAGCGCGAGGAGGAAAAGGAUAAGAAGAUGCUUAACGUUAACGAAUUAUCCGAGAGUGUAGGGAAGGCCAUCAAGCAUGCCGAAGAGGAGGAGAGGAAGCUCAGGGAUCUCAUGGAGCGGAAGCUCAUAACCAACGAGGAGGAGCUGCUCGUGAUCCGAAGCAGGGAGGAGGCGGACAACAAGAUGUGGGCGGUGAUCCAAGGCGUGUGGGUGGAGAUGCUCUGCUUCUCCGCCGGCAGGUGCCGCGGGUACCUGCACGCCAGUAGCCUGGGCAGCGGCGGCGAGUACCUCUCCUACGUCUGGCUCCUCCUGUCCUACAUGGGCAUGGAGACCAUGCCGGAGCGGACGCAGAGGCCCGAGCUGCCCGUGGUCGGGGACACCGGGUCUCUGGUGAAGACGCCCACGGAGGACGAUAUGAACGACGAGCCGACGGCACAGACGACGACAACACCCGCCGCCACAACCACGAAGCAACAGGGAACGUCACAGGCAGGCGGCACAAGCGCCGAUGCUGCCGUGCCGGCGCAGGAACAGCAACGUAUGGCGGCGAGGACCGUUCCAGUGAUGUCGAUGACCGCGGUGGUGCCCGUCGGUGAUGACAUGGUUUGACCGACGGCGGGCGCCGGUGAGCCGUGGAGAUUGAUUGCAUGCACCGUCUCGUGUUUCUUCUGGUUGCCCUUGAUUUCUGCUCGGAUUUCGUUCCCUCAGCGUGUUUGUUUCUGGCAUGUGUGCUAAGUGUCGUCAUUGGUGUGCGUAAUCUUGCGCCUGCUGCUAAUCUUGUUCUGUAAUAAAUCAAAUAAAGGUAUAUACAGGGUCCGGUGGUUUUGCUUGUACAAGUUACAUUCAGUGCAGUAUGUGAUAUGUCCAUGAGUCCAUCUGGGUUACCUAAAAAAGGUCCAAAUGUUUUAAUUUCUACAUAGUGCAUUUUUCUCUAUUGAUGUUAAUUCCUUUUACUUUUGU